AUGCGAGCAUCUCAGAUCGCAACCAUCACAGCCGCAUCCCUCCUCACCGCAGGGAUCGGCUACGCAUUCUACUUCGACUACAAGCGUCAGAACGACCCUCAAUUCCGCAAGCAGCUCAAGAAGGAGUCAAAGAAGACGUCCAAGGCUCAGAAGAGGGACACCGAGGCUUACAAAAAGAAGGUACAGCAAGCUGUAGAGGAGGUGCUAAAGGAGGUCAAUGCACCAGGCGCUUUGCCUACUGACCCUGCUCUGAGGGAGAAGUUCUUCAUGGAGUCUGUCACAGCCGGAGAAACACUGAUCACUCUCGGACCCUCGCAACACCUUGCCGCCGCUGCCGCCUUCUUCAAGGCAGUCAAGGUGUACCCCUCUCCCGUCGAGCUCAUCAUGAUCUACCAAAAGGCCACUCCCGAGCCCGUCUUCAAUCUCAUCAUGGAGAUGGUCGGCAAGGACGCCGAGCUGGGAGGAGCUUCAGGAGGACCCGGUGCACAGUCGCAGAACCCUCUCGGCGCUCUGUCUGGCCUGGCUCGUGAGGCACCUAAUGCCGCAUCUGCCUCUAAUCUGGAUGAAGUCGACGACGAGCCUACACCCACCAAUGGCGCUUCUUCCAGCUCUGCAGACCCUGCAUACACAGUAGGCGAGGAGCGUGCGACUACGGAGAGCGCUUCGGGUCCUUCUUCCCAAGCCUCUUCACAAGAGUGGGACAAGCUCUCGGGAGCUUCCCUCGGACCCUCCCCUCCAGCUGAUAGCGAGAGCACCGUCCAACUCUCGUCCUCUGCCAAUGCAUCCGAAUCAACUGCAACAGAGGGAGCAGGCGAAGAGACGCAAGACUCCGGUACUCCCUCGGCAGAAGAACCCCCUUCUGUCCUUCCCACUCAGGAAGCGGCUGCCGCCCAGACUGAGACUGAGACGGGAGCUGGUGCCACUACAGAGGAGACGGCUGCGUCUACUGCUUCGCCUUUCAACUUUGCUGCUGGAUCUUACACCCCUUCGCCCGUGUUCAAGGAGGGGGACAAGGCAGAGGAGGAGGAGGGAGCUGCUGCUGAGGAACAGAAGUAG